AUGAAGUCCAUCCUCGCUCCCUUUGCAGCCCUUGCUGCCGCCCUCACCGUCUCGGUUUCGGCCAUCGCCCCGCUCGAGCGCAACCUCGCCUACCGUUCGCCCUCGCUCUCGCUGAGCAACGGUGACGGUCUCAGCCACGACAUUCAGCACAUCGGCAACGAGAUCCGCAAGCGUGCCUACGACGACUACGUCGCCACCAAGGUCCAGGGCAAAGCCAAGCGCAACAACGGCAAGAAGAGCCAGUACAAGACCGAGGCCGACUUUCUCGUCCAGAAGUACGAUGGCAACUACGGCUCUGACGGCCGGGAUGCCUACAAGGGCAAGGUUACCUUCCCGUACGGUGUAGCUGCCGGUGACCCGUAUCCCGACUCGGCUAUUCUGUGGACGCACCCUGUGCCCGAGGAUGCCAGCACCAACCUGCCCGUCUGCCUGCGCUACCAGACGUCCAAGAGCAAGACCGACUUCUCCAAGGACAACCUGGUCGACGACAGCUACGCCUGGACCACCAGCGAGGUCGACUACUCGUUCAAGGUCGAGACCACCGGUCUUGCGCCCAAGACCCAAUACUACUACCGCUUUUUCUCGUGCCAUGACCACUCGCUCGUCUCGCCCGUGGGGAGCUUCAAGACAAUUCCAGACUACAACGACGAUGCCGUCAACUCGCUCAAGCUCGCCGUCUUCUCUUGCUCCAACCUUCCCUUUGGAUUCUUCAACGCCUACCGCGCUGCGGCUGCACGCAAGAACGGCGCCGACUACUUUGUCCACGUCGGCGACUACAUUUACGAGGCGCGCGGUGACGGUCAGAAGGUUGCCGGCGAGAACACGUACGGUGACGGCAGGGCGCUCAACCGUGUCCCCGCCCCCGACCACGAGAUUGUCUCUCUCGACGACUACCGCCUCCGCUACGGCUCGUACAGGAAGGAUAAGGACCUACAAGCCCUCCACGGUGAAAAAGCUUUCUUCGGUAUCUGGGACGACCACGAGGUCGCCGACAACUCGUACAACCACGGCACCGCCGACGGCAAUGACACCGACACCGGUGCCGUCCGAGGCGUCCGCUUUACCGAGAGGAAGCUGGCCGCAGUCAAGGCGUACUACGAGUGGAUGCCGAUUCGUCAGGUCGACACUACGGACUCGCUUCGUAUCUGGCGCAGCUUCCGUUACGGCAAGCUCGCCGACCUCUUUCUGCUCGACACGCGCAACUUUGACCGAGACCUGACCGACCUCUACUUCAACACAGCUCAGGUGGCGGCGCUGAGCAAUGACACGGACCGCUCGCUCAUGGGCGGCAAGCAGGAGCAGUGGCUGUACCGCAACAUGAUCGACUCGCAGCAGAGAGGUGCCACUUGGAAGAUCGUCGGCCAGCAGAUUGUUCUGAACUGGCAGAACUACGGACAAUCGAGCUAUAUGUACAACUAUGAUGCCUGGCAGGGCUACCGCUCCAACCGCCGCCGCUUCUUUGACACGAUCGUUGACAACAAAAUCGACAACACCGUCAUCCUCGCCGGCGACUCGCACGCCAACUGGGUGUACGACACUGUUCCUGAAGACCGUCUGAACAACACUGCCUACGACCCUGUCACCGGCCAGGGCAGUAUCGCCGUCGAGUUUGCCGGAACCGCCGUCUCCUCCCCCUCCUCGUACGGGGCCAACCUGACCCAGGACAAGUACGACGCUGCCGCCAAGAGGCUCGUCUCGAUCAACCGCAACCUGCAGUGGGCCGAGGGUGCCCACCGCGGCUACUUUGAGAUCGAGUUCACCAAGACCGACUGCAACGCCCAGUUCUACGGCUACGUCAACAACACGAACCCGAACUCGGAGGAACUGCUCGUGGCGCAGUUCAACGUCAAGAAGGGCGCCAACAAGUUGACUCGUCCCAUCAACUACGGCAUUACGCCUGUCUCGGGCAGUCUGCAAGCUCAGGCGGUGGACUACUCCAGAUCAAAGUGGAACGGCACUGCUUUUGUCGCCAAGGACUGA